AGGAACUGGCGAGAAAUCAUGAAGGAGAUUGUUAAAGUUCCUCAAGUUUCGGGCAAGUUGACGUUCCCCAUCUCCCUGAAACAGCCGGGUCCAAGGGGAUCACUUAUUCAGUGCUAUAUAAAGAGAAUUCAUGGCAGUCAAAUUUACCAUCUAUACCUUGGGUUAAAUCAAGCUUCGAACGAAGAUGGGAAGUUCCUUCUUGCUGCGAAGAGGUUCAGGAGGCCAACUUGCACGGAUUACGUCAUCUCGUUAAAUACCGAUGAUGUAUCAAAGGGAAGCAGUACCUAUAUAGGAAAGCUAAGAUCUAACUUUCUCGGGACCAAGUUCACUGUCUACGACGCCCAGCCAACUAAUCCCGGGAGGCUUCUCAAUUCAAAACAAGCGAACCCUAGAAGAAUCCCGGCUGGCAACUAUCCCAUAGCCCAUAUCUCAUAUGAGCUCAACGUCUUGGGCUCCAGGGGGCCGAGGAGGAUGCAAUGCACGAUGGACGGAAUCCCAGCGUCAGCCAUGGGACCAGGAGGAACAGCUCCGACUCAGACAGAGCUUCUCCACAGUAAUGUGGAGAGUUUCCCAUCAAUUCCCUCGUUCAGAUCAAAAUCAACUCGGUCAGAGAGUUUCCCUUCUGACGAACUGCUGGUGCUGAAGAACAAAGCGCCCAGGUGGCAUGAACAGCUCCAGUGCUGGUGCCUCAACUUCAAUGGCCGAGUAACGGUUGCUUCUGUCAAAAACUUUCAGCUGGUCGCCUCCCCAGAGAACGAGAGCGUAAUUCUCCAGUUCGGAAAAGUUGGCAAAGACGUGUUCACCAUGGAUUACCAGUACCCGAUCUCGGCUUUCCAGGCUUUCGCCAUAUGCCUUAGCAGCUUCGACACCAAGUUAGCCUGUGAAUAACCCGAAAACUUGGAAAGUUUUCAUCUUUCUUUGUUUGUCAGCUAAAAGGAAUUAUGUUCGCCGUGGCAAAUCACUGGAGAAGAUUGAUUUAGGCUUUCAAAGGUCUGGUGGCUGGUCAUGUUACGAGAUGAGCUUUUGAAGAGAAGAGAGUGGAUCCUAUUAUGAAUAGAGAGGGAGAGAGUUUAGAUAUUUGAUUUGGGUCAGAUUCUAAUGGGCGUCUUUCUAAAAUUUGGUGUGUUAAAGUUCAUGGCUUCCGUCGUCGUUCUGUAUAAUAUCAAAUUACCUUAAAUACCCCUAACUUUCUUAAUAUUUACAACAAAAACCAGUGUAAACUGUU